GAAUUCGAGCUUCAAUUAUCUCUGACAAGUGACAUUUAAUUAUUGUUAAAAAUAGUUUUGAGAAAAUGGAAGAUACAAAGUCCCUCUUAAUGAUGGUUUUACACAAAAUUUUCCAAAACCAACCCAAAACUAUAGAAAACACUUUUCAACUGAUUCACAGUUACAAUAACGGAAAAACAGAUAAGAAAAACUACGAGAAGACUUUAAAAUCAAUCUGCGACUUGAUGAAUGACGAACUACCGUCCCCAAUUCUAGUCUACAUCUUGACUUUAGUGGACAUGCCCCAAGACUUCGACUCCUCGUCCCCCAUUAUCGAAAAAAUGAAAAAAACGCACGACUUUUUACCCGACAUCAACGUGCGGCCCCAUUUACUUGAAUACUUGAACAACAUAAAACCCUCAACCAAAAACCGGGACAAACCCGAAACUCCCGAAAAAAGUCGCCCCAAUCCUGAAACUGAAAAACCCCUAACCAGUAAAGCCCAGUCAAGUUUCAUCAGACCGACGAAAGUUUUGAGACGUGGUCGAAAAUUAGUCCCAAAAAUCACGGGGAAGCCCAAAAGCCUCCUCGACAUUUGUGCCACCUAUGUGGUCCAGAACGAGCUGUCUCUGAAGGGGAUGUACCGGAAAAAACAAUCAAACGCCUGGCGCUUGAUCAACGCCAACGUGUUUCUGGGCCCCAGACUCAAGCAGUGCUACAACGUCGUCAAGGAUUUGAACAAGAAAAUGCGCUGGUUGCGUGAAAUCGAGUCCGAUAAUAUCUCCACCGAAAUUCUCAUGGAAGAGUAUAAGAAUAGUGACGUUUUUUUGAGGGAGCACCACAUUUAUGAGGCCCUGCAGAACGAUCCGUUUGAAUUAUCGGGGGAGUGCGAGGCUGCGAUUGAAUCUUUGCUUGAUUAGAGUUAGUCCGAGUUUAAAUUUCGUGCCGUUCGGUUAAUGUUGGCAGCAUUUUUCAUCUUGUUAUUGAUUGUAGUUGUGAUUGGUCGAAUAAAAACGUAUUUACCAAUAGGAAAACA